AUGCCGAUGGACAAUCCUAAAAUGAAUAAACCCUCAAGCCAUCUAAAUUUUUAUCGGUCCUUCAGUCAAGACCUUAGAGAAUAUUUGUUAACUUCUACGCUGCACGGUCUUCGCUACAUCGGUGAAAAAAAACUAACUUGGUUUGAACGGUUCUUCUGGUUAAUCGCGUUCGGUAGUUCCUUGAUAUGCGCAGGAUUCUUCAUUUUAAAUGUUUACGCAAAAUGGCGAAUGUCACCUAUGAUUGUAAGCAUUAAUCCAGAAAACAUGCCUCUUCAUAAACUACCAUUCCCUGCACUCACGAUCUGCAACGUCAAUCAAGCUAAGAAAUCAGUUGCUGAACGAUAUAAAAAGUUUGGCGAUUCAAUCGACAAAAAGCUGUUAGAAAGUCUGUGUUCAGAUCAGACGGAUGCUGAUAUUUUUGAAGAUAAUAUUGCUGGAAACGCCGACUGGGAUCACACACGCUCUUUUCUUAUAAAUGUAACCCAACCGUGCAACGAGAUGCUAUCAUUAUGUAUUUGGAAUUCAGCGAGUAUGAAUUGUCAAGACCUGUUCAAUGCCCAACUCACUGAUGAAGGUCUUUGCUGCACAUUUAACGUGGUCCAUCGGGAAAAUAUGUUCCGGAAUCCUAGAGACCUAAAUGACAUGAACAUAACAUUUCCAUUACCGUCUGUGGAUUGGACUCCUGAAAGUGGAUUCCCUGACAAUGCACCGGCUGACGGAUUCCCUUGGAGGGCAAAGGGAAUCGGAACUGAUCAUGGUUUAACAUUAGUGUUAGAUGCUAAUGUUGCUGAAUACUAUUGUGCGUCUACGAAGAGCCCCGGUUUUAAGAUACUUCUACAUAACCCGACAGAAACGCCGAAUAUAGCAAAACUAGGGGAAGUUUAUGGGCCCGGGAUUGAGGCUCGUGUGGCAAUACAACCUAGGAUUCUAGACGCGCAACCGUCUUUGAAAUUCAUUGAUGUCAAUAAAAGACUUUGUCUUUUCUCCAGUGAAAAGAAAUUAGUCUUCUACAGAACUUACACACUGAGGAACUGCGAAAUGGAAUGUGAAGCUCGUAUUAUGUUGGAUGUUUGCAAAUGUGUGCUUUACUACAUGCCGAGAAGACCUUUGGACAGCAAGCCCAGACCUAUAGUGGUCAAAUUUACCGAGACUGCUAUUAGGGAUAAGGUCUGGUUCGCCAAAACGAAGUUGAAGGGCACCGGUGUCACAGAGUCAGAGUUCCUGACGAAAAGCCGACACAAUGUGUUUUUGGAGGCCAGGAAGCGGUUCGGCAUUAACAAGUGUUGGACACGAGACGGUUUGAUACACAUUAUCGCCCCAGAUGGAUCUAGACAUCGUGCCGAAUGUUUAUCUGAUCUUGACUCGAUUUCAACUUGGCGCGAAAGAGCUUGCGAGGAAUGUCUUCCGGCUUGUACGGAGAUCUCUUACUUCGAGAGACCGAGCAGCGCGAUGCUAAGCAAAUUUCUCGUGGGCCACUACACCCAGAGCAUUACCCUAGCGCAAAACAAAACAGCAGAAUAUUUUACUGAAAACAUGUUAGUGAUUCAUUUUUACUUUGAAGAUAAUUCAUUCAUGAGAUUCACAAAAGGAGAAAUAUUCGGACUCACGGAGUUUUUAUCGAACACUGGUGGACUUCUUGGUCUCUGCAUGGGCUUCAGUAUGAUGAGUGCAGUGGAACUCUUGUACUACAUCACAUUACGAGUCUUAUGUGUUGCGAGACAAAGUAAAUCUAUACAACCAUUUAAUAAAUAA